GCCCCGCGCUCCCCGGCGAGGCGCCGCCGCCCGGCCCGGCCCGGCCUCGCCUCGGACGCCUCGCUCCGACAUGCCCCGCUCUGGCGGCCGGGCUCGCGGAGGAUCAUGACUGCGGCAGCGAACUGGGUGGCGAACGGGGCGAGCCUGGAGGAUUGUCACUCCAACCUCUUCUCGCUGGCUGAACUCACAGGAAUCAAAUGGCGUAGGUACAAUUUUGGAGGGCAUGGGGACUGUGGACCCAUAAUUUCAGCCCCAGCCCAAGAUGAUCCAAUCCUGUUAAGUUUCAUCCGCUGUCUGCAAGCCAACUUGCUGUGUGUAUGGCGUCGAGAUGUCAAACCAGAUUGCAAAGAGUUAUGGAUAUUCUGGUGGGGUGACGAACCCAACCUAGUGGGUGUAAUACAUCAUGAACUUCAGGUUGUGGAAGAAGGACUCUGGGAAAAUGGCCUUUCCUAUGAAUGUCGGACACUGCUCUUCAAAGCAAUCCACAAUCUGUUAGAAAGGUGUCUAAUGGAUAAGAACUUCGUUAGGAUUGGGAAGUGGUUUGUCCGACCCUAUGAAAAGGAUGAAAAACCAGUCAACAAAAGUGAGCAUUUGUCCUGUGCAUUCACAUUCUUUCUUCAUGGGGAAAGUAAUGUAUGUACAAGUGUGGAGAUUGCCCAACACCAGCCAAUUUAUUUGAUCAAUGAGGAGCAUAUACACAUGGCUCAGUCUUCACCUGCACCAUUUCAAGUACUGGUAAGUCCUUAUGGCUUAAAUGGCACGCUCACAGGCCAAGCAUACAAGAUGUCAGACCCAGCCACCCGUAAGUUGAUUGAGGAAUGGCAGUAUUUCUACCCAAUGGUGCUGAAAAAGAAAGAAGAAUUGAAAGAAGAAGAGGAGUUGGGAUAUGAUGAUGAUUUCCCUGUGGCAGUUGAAGUAAUUGUUGGUGGUGUUCGGUUGGUUUAUCCUUCAGCAUUUGUUUUGAUCUCUCAGAAUGACAUCCCCGUUCCUCAGAGUGUUGCUGGUGCUGGAGGCCAUAUUACAGUGGGGCAGCAGGGACUUGGUAGUGGGAAGGACCCAAGUAACUGUGGGAUGCCUCUUACCCCUCCCACCUCUCCAGAACAGGCUGUGAUAGGGGAGAGUGGAGGUACGCAGAGUGCGGUCAGUCACCUAGGCUCCCAAGACGGGGGGAUGAUAACUAUGCACAGUCCAAAGAGAUCGGGGAAAAUUCCUCCAAAACUCCACAAUCAUAUGGUCCAUCGAGUCUGGAAGGAAUGCAUCCUCAACAGAGCCCAGUCCAAGAGGAGCCAAAUGUCAACUCCAACUCUUGAAGAAGAGCCUGCUAAUAAUCCUGCUACUUGGGAUUUUGUGGAUCCAACCCAAAGAGUCAGCUGUUCUUGCUCUAGGCAUAAACUUUUAAAACGUUGUGCAGUAGGACCCAAUCGACCUCCCGCAAUAUCUCAACCAGGGUUCAGUGCAGGACCGUCAUCAUCUUCAUCUUUACCACCUCCUGCGUCUAAGCACAAAACAACAGAAAGACCGGAAAAGGGAGACAAAUUGCAAAAGAGACCCUUGAUACCAUUUCACCAUAGGCCCUCUGUGGCUGAUGAGUUCUGUAUGGAGCAGGAUACACCAGGACAGAAGCUAGGGUUGGCAGGGAUAGACUCCUCCUUAGAGGUGUCUAGCAGUAGGAAGUAUGAUAAACAAAUGGCCGUGCCUUCCAGAAAUACAAGCAAGCAAAUGAAUCUGAAUCCUAUGGAUUCUCCUCAUUCCCCUAUUUCCCCUCUGCCGCCAACACUCAGCCCUCAGCCACGAGGUCAGGAAACGGAGAGUUUGGACCCGCCCUCUGUCCCUGUGAACCCAGCCCUCUAUGGAAAUGGGCUAGAACUUCAGCAGUUGUCGACUCUGGAUGACAGAACUGUCCUCGUAGGCCAAAGGCUGCCUUUGAUGGCAGAGGUCAGCGAGACAGCCUUAUAUUGUGGGGUUAGGCCCUCGAACCCCGAGUCAUCCGACAAGUGGUGGCACAGUUAUCGCCUCCCCCCCAUUGAUGAUGCUGAGUUCCGGCCCCCAGAACUCCAGGGUGACAGAUGUGAUGCCAAAAUGGAGGUAAACUCAGAGAGCACUGCAUUGCAAAGACUUUUAGCACAACCUAACAAACGGUUUAAAAUCUGGCAAGAAAAGCAGCCCCAGAUGCAGCCACUCCACUUCCUUGACCCAUUGCCUCUAUCUCAACAACCUGGAGACAGUUUGGGAGAAAUCAAUGAUCCAUACACCUUUGAGGAUGGUGACAUAAAAUACAUCUUUACAGCAAACAAGAAAUGCAAACAAGGGACAGAGAAAGAUUCCCUGAAAAAGAAUAAGUCAGAGGAUGGAUUUGGUACCAAGGAUGUCACUACACCAGGUCAUUCCACGCCGGUGCCUGAUGGGAAAAAUGCCAUGUCUAUUUUCAGUUCUGCUACUAAAACAGAUGUCCGGCAGGAUAAUGCUGCUGGCAGAGCUGGCUCCAGUAGCCUUACACAGGUGACAGAUCUGGCACCUUCCCUGCAUGACUUAGACAACAUCUUUGACAAUUCCGAUGAUGACGAACUUGGGGCUGUAUCACCUGCGCUGCGUUCAUCCAAAAUGCCUGUAGUUGGGGCAGAAGAUCGACCUCUUGGGAAGGAUGGAAGAGCUGCUGUUCCUUACCCACCAACAGUUGCAGACUUGCAAAGGAUGUUCCCCACUCCUCCUUCUUUAGAACAGCACCCUGCAUUUUCUCCUGUGAUGAAUUAUAAAGAUGGAAUCAGUUCAGAGACAGUGACAGCAUUAGGCAUGAUGGAGAGCCCUAUGGUCAGUAUGGUAUCAACACAGCUCACUGAAUUCAAAAUGGAAGUAGAAGAUGGAUUAGGAAGUCCCAAGCCAGAGGAAGUAAAGGACUUUUCUUAUGUGCACAAAGUUCCAACCUUUCAACCUUUGGUGGGAUCCUCCAUGUUUGCUCCACUGAAGAUGUUGCCGAGCCAAUGCCUGCUACCUCUGAAGAUACCUGAUGCCUGUCUGUUUCGGCCUUCAUGGGCAAUCCCUCCUAAAAUUGAACAACUGCCCAUGCCACCUGCAGCCAUUUUCAAUAGAGAUGGCUACAAUAAUGUGCCUAGUGUCGGGAGCCUAGCAGAUCCAGACUAUCUGAAUACACCACAGAUGAACACACCAGUGACGUUGAACAGCGCUGCCCCAGCCAGCAACAGUGGAGCAGGAGUUUUGCCAUCUCCAGCAACCCCUCGCUUCUCCGUCCCCACACCACGAACCCCCAGGACCCCAAGAACUCCCAGAGGUGGGGGCACUGCCAGUGGUCAAGGGUCAGUUAAAUAUGAUAGCACCGAUCAGGGGUCACCAGCCUCUACCCCCUCUACCACACGGCCCCUUAACUCUGUGGAGCCUGCCACCAUGCAGCCAAUUCCUGAAGCCCACAGUCUCUAUGUCACCCUGAUUCUCUCAGAUUCUGUGAUGAAUAUCUUUAAAGACAGAAAUUUUGACAGCUGUUGCAUCUGUGCCUGCAACAUGAACAUCAAAGGGGCGGAUGUUGGGCUUUACAUCCCUGACUCUUCCAAUGAGGAUCAAUAUCGCUGUACCUGUGGGUUUAGUGCGAUUAUGAAUCGUAAACUUGGCUAUAAUUCGGGACUCUUCCUGGAAGAUGAGUUGGAUAUUUUUGGGAAGAAUUCUGAUAUUGGUCAGGCUGCGGAGAGGCGCUUAAUGAUGUGUCAGACUACCUUCCUUCCUCAGAUGGAAGGAGCCAGAAAAUCCCAGGAGCCACCUAUAAGCCUUCUCCUCCUCCUCCAGAAUCAACAUACACAACCUUUUGCUUCACUGAGUUUCCUGGACUAUAUUUCCUCUAACAGUCGUCAGACUCUUCCCUGUGUAAGCUGGAGUUAUGACCGGGUACAAGCAGAUAAUAAUGAUUACUGGACGGAAUGCUUUAAUGCCUUGGAGCAGGGCCGACAGUAUGUAGAUAAUCCCACGGGUGGAAAAGUAGAUGAAGCUCUGGUGAGAAGUGCCACUGUACACUCUUGGCCUCAUAGUAACGUGCUAGACAUCAGCAUGCUCUCCUCCCAAGAUGUGGUCCGCAUGCUGCUGUCCCUGCAGCCCUUUCUCCAAGACGCCAUCCAAAAGAAGCGCACGGGCAGGACCUGGGAGAAUAUCCAGCAUGUGCAGGGGCCGCUAACAUGGCAGCAGUUCCACAAAAUGGCGGGACGGGGCACCUAUGGUUCAGAAGAAUCUCCUGAGCCGUUGCCCAUUCCCACUCUGCUGGUAGGCUAUGACAAGGACUUCCUCACCAUCUCUCCAUUCUCUUUGCCAUUUUGGGAGAGGCUGUUGUUGGACCCAUACGGGGGCCAUCGUGAUGUUGCCUAUAUUGUGGUGUGUCCAGAAAAUGAGGCCUUGCUCGAAGGAGCCAAAACUUUCUUCAGGGACUUGAGUGCUGUAUAUGAGAUGUGUAGGCUUGGGCAGCACAAGCCCAUCUGCAAAGUGCUACGAGAUGGGAUCAUGCGUGUGGGAAAGACCGUGGCACAGAAGCUGACUGAUGAGCUUGUGAGUGAGUGGUUUAACCAGCCAUGGAGCAGUGAGGAGAAUGACAAUCAUUCCAGACUCAAACUUUAUGCGCAAGUUUGCCGCCAUCACCUAGCACCUUAUCUAGCCACUCUGCAGCUCGAUAGCAGCCUGUUGAUACCACCUAAGUACCAGUCCCCACCAGCAGCAGCACCGGGACAAGCUACACCUGGGAAUGCUGGGCCUCUAGCUUCAAAUUCAGGAUCGACAGUGUCCUCAGCUGGCAGUGCAUUCAACCCCACCUCCAGCAGCAGUUCUGGGAACCCUGCAGCAAGUAGCUCCGCGUCUGGUUCCUCUGUGCCACCCGUUUCAUCGUCUGCUCCCGCUCCAGUUAUUAACCAGAUCAGCACUACCUCUUCCUCAGGAUUCAGUGCUAGUGUUGUGGGGCAGAACCCCGGCACUGGGGCCAGUUCUGCAGAUAGAACGCAAGGGAACCUAGGCUGUGUUGGAGACCCUGAGCCUGGGCAGAGCUCCUCCCAAUCCUCGCAGGAUGGACAAGAAAGUGUCACGGAACGAGAGAGAAUAGGAAUUCCCACUGAGCCUGACUCCGCAGACAGCCAGGCCUAUCCCCCAGCUGUUGUCAUUUACAUGGUGGACCCCUUCACUUACACUGCAGACGAAGAUUCCACUUCUGGAAACUUUUGGCUGUUGAGUUUGAUGCGCUGCUACACAGAAAUGCUGGAUAAUUUACCUGAGCAUAUGAGAAAUUCUUUCAUUCUCCAGAUUGUGCCUUGCCAGUACAUGCUGCAGACAAUGAAGGACGAACAAGUUUUCUACAUUCAAUACUUGAAGUCCAUGGCAUUUUCGGUGUACUGCCAAUGCCGGCGACCUCUGCCCACACAGAUCCACAUUAAGUCCCUCACGGGAUUUGGGCCUGCCGCCAGCAUCGAGAUGACCCUCAAGAACCCAGAGCGACCCAGCCCAAUCCAGCUUUAUUCCCCUCCUUUUAUAUUGGCCCCAAUCAAAGAUAAGCAGACGGAGCUGGGAGAGACAUUUGGGGAGGCGAGCCAGAAAUACAACGUCCUCUUUGUGGGCUACUGUCUGUCUCAUGACCAGCGCUGGCUUUUGGCUUCCUGCACUGACCUCCAUGGGGAAUUAUUAGAAACUUGUAUUGUAAAUAUCGCUUUACCAAACAGAUCACGGAGGAGUAAAGUAUCUGCACGUAAAAUUGGACUACAGAAGUUAUGGGAGUGGUGCAUAGGAAUUGUCCAGAUGACAUCUCUACCGUGGAGAGUUGUAAUCGGCCGACUUGGGCGCCUAGGCCACGGGGAGCUUAAAGAUUGGAGUAUCCUCCUUGGAGAAUGUUCACUACAGACAAUCAGCAAACGGCUCAAGGAUGUGUGCCGGAUGUGUGGAAUCUCUGCUGCAGACUCUCCUUCAAUCCUUAGUGCCUGCCUGGUUGCCAUGGAGCCCCAGGGGUCCUUUGUAGUGAUGCCAGAUGCUGUCACAAUGGGCUCUGUUUUUGGCCGAAGUACCGCACUGAACAUGCAGUCAUCUCAACUGAAUACCCCACAAGACGCUUCCUGUACGCACAUCUUGGUGUUCCCAACAUCAUCAACCAUCCAGGUGGCUCCAGCCAACUAUCCCAAUGAAGAUGGGUUUAGCCCCAACAAUGAUGACAUGUUUGUUGACCUUCCAUUCCCAGAUGAUAUGGACAAUGAUAUUGGCAUAUUAAUGACUGGGAACCUCCAUUCCUCUCCCAACUCCUCCCCGGUUCCUUCCCCAGGCUCUCCUUCUGGAAUUGGAGUGGGCUCUCACUUCCAGCACAGUCGGAGUCAGGGUGAGCGUCUUCUCUCUAGAGAGGCACCCGAGGAGCUGAAGCAGCAGCCUCUGGCCCUUGGGUAUUUUGUAUCAACUGCCAAAGCAGAGAAUCUCCCACAGUGGUUUUGGUCGUCGUGUCCCCAGGCUCAGAACCAGUGCCCCCUCUUCCUAAAGGCUUCACUGCAUCACCACAUUUCUGUAGCACAGACGGAUGAACUUCUCCCUGCCAGGAAUUCUCAGCGGGUUCCACAUCCUCUUGACUCCAAAACCACAUCUGAUGUUUUAAGGUUUGUUUUGGAGCAGUACAACGCUCUAUCCUGGCUCACGUGCAAUCCGGCUACCCAGGACCGUACCUCCUGCCUUCCCGUCCACUUUGUGGUGCUCACUCAGUUGUACAAUGCCAUCAUGAAUAUACUUUAAUUGGAAAAGCACUUGUUCUCUCUGGCUCGGUUCCUCCUCCCUGCAGCCUCAGCCCAAGGAGCCUGCUACACUCUGCAAAUGCCCCACAUCCUCUUCUUGAGACCACUCUCCACAGUCCUGCACUGUGAUUACUCCUCAGCAGGCACAGGUCAUUUCUGCAGUGUUCAUUCCCAGAGGGAUUCAUUGAUACUUCUCUCAUGGACCUGGAAACUUCCAUAAGCAGUGACUUUUAGCCAGUGUUAUGGUGUGUGCAGCCCCAAACCACUGGUCCGCAGGAAGUUUGGUGGUGGUGGUGGUGGUGGUGGUGGUGGUGGUGGUGGUGGUGGUGGUUUUUAAGAGGGAAACAGAAGAGACAGUAUCCUUUUGCACAAGAGUCUGUGUUUCCAGUCUCUGUUUAAAAACAAGGGCAGUUUAGCCCUUUUGGAUAUAAUCCUCUAGUUAUUGGUGUAUGGCCUGUGGGUUACCCGAACUCCAUAAUCUGGGACUUCUUAAAAAUAAGAACCAGCUCAAGUAUAUGAUCUCAUAAUGGGGUUUCUGUCUCCCUAGUGCCCCCAUCUAGAUUGGCAUGGAUGCUUUGGUUGACUUCAUACCUGUGUGUAGAUACAAAAGGUCUGGAGACAUCUUCAUUUUGUUUAUUUAUUUUAAGUUGUUUUGUCAUGUUUUUUUGUGACUUUCUUUUGAUUUUUUUUUUUAAUUCAUGAGGACCAGGUACAGUAGCUGAAACCCAACUCAGAUCCACCGUAGGAUUCUUUGACUACAUACCUCUGUCCUAGAAGCCGGAAAAGGAGUGAAAACAGAUUGGGGAGAUAAGCCUAAAAAGUAAUAUAUUCAAAACCACCCAGCAGUAGGCUUUAUUAAGAACAAACUGGGUAAACAUUCUGCCAUGUUUCUUAUUAAAAGUGGCCAGCGUUUCAUGAAGGAUAACAUUUUUAUACAGAAGGCAGUCAAGCUCAACCCAGAGCCAUGGAGGCAAGUACCUUCAUUAGUUUUAUAUAGUCACAACGGAAAUAUAUUUUCUAGUGAAUUCUUAUUGAAAGCCAGGUCUCUCCUCUCAUUAGAUCAAAAGGGACUCAUGUACAUAUCAUAAUUGAAAGUGUUUGCUCAUAAAAUCAGUUAUAAAUAUGGUGACUUUUUUCUGGACCAUAGGAAUAUUAUUUCAAAGAAAUAUUACAACUUAACCAUUAAAUUAGUACUUGAAGUUGAGCCUUUGUGGUGGGACUUUUUUAAAAAAAUAUAAUGCCUUUUUAAAGCAUUAAUGGCUAAUUGAAGUAUUUUAUGACUCCUCAUUCCAGGCCCCAGAGGGUUGUCUUUAAGACCCCGUUUCUGACCUUGACGUCGCAGCGCGUUUCUGUCUGAGGGCAGUGGGCAUGGGCUUGCCUCCCGCAAGCAGCUCUGGUCAGGCUGUUGAGCUCUAGUCAUCUGUGGAGAGAAUCAUGCAAAUUUUAAAGUUCUUCCAAGAGACUUCCAUAUCCUGAUUAUUAACAAAAACAAAAAACAAAAAAAAAAAAAACAAAAAAAAACAAAAACAAAAAAAGAAAAAAAUGUAAUAACUGAUAUGAUUUUGUAAAAGUAUUUUUCUUGAAAUAAUCUAACGUUUAAAACAUUAUAUUAAAAAAAGUUGUGUGGUGGGAAUAUGUAAGCAGAGAAAUAACUUGUAAAUGGAUAAUUUUAUUCUCUGUACCACCAAUUGGGGGGGGGUGACUUUCACAAUGUAUAGGUUAAAAAAAAUCUGAUAUAUCAAACCAUUUGUAUCUAAUGUGUACAGUGUAAAAUUGACUUUAAAAAUAUUGCAGUGCUAUUUUUUCUUAAUCAGAAAGGAAAAAUUCUCAAGGCCUUUUGAAGAGCAUAAGAUGAUGAAGAUUGUAAACUUGUAUAAAAUUAUCUUGGUGAGAAGACAAAUUGUAAAGUAGAUAUUUGUAAUCUUUUACCACUUUGGGGUUGCUUUUUUUCCCAGAAUUCAUCAGAACUUUGAAUUUUUUUUUAAUAUGGGCUGUUUUUAAUGCAGGGGCUUUUCUUCCCUAGAAACCCAAUUCUAAGCAAAAAAAAAAAAAGAAAAAACCCACAAAAAACAAAAAACCCCUACAAAAAUUAAAAAAAAAAAAAAAAAGGCAGCAAAGGGUAGUUUUCAUCUGGUGUCUUUUAUUUAAGUUUUUUAAGUUAAGAAAAGCUGGUGACAUAUUUAUACGUUUUUGUGCAAAAAUAAAUGAAUGGCAAUAGAUUUUAAAAAAUCUUAUUAUGUACUUCUGUGUGAAAAAGUCUGUAUAAUAUUUCCCUUAAAUAUGCAUUAUUUUACUUGUGAGUUUUUUACUGAAUUAAUCUGAAAUGUACAAGCCCUGGAUUUGCUACAGAGUGAGAAGUUAUUUUAUUUUUUUUUUUUAUUUUUAAUUUUGGAAAUCCUGCAGAAAUCAGAACUCUUACCAUGGUUUGAACUAAAAAGGGGAAAUGGGGAGGGGAGAGGGGUGGGAUUGUCCAGCAUGCUUGUAUGUAUAUUUCAGAACCUUUUUUAAAUGUAAAAGCUGUACAUUUCUGGGAAGUUCUGAAUUUCUUUUGUUUCCUUUUUUCCUUCGAGCAUUUUGCAGUGAGCUUCUUUUAUAUAUAGCAAACAAUUUGAAAGAAUACAAAAAUAUGUGAAGUUCAUUUAAAACUACAGUAUAGCGCUGGUACAGUACACUAAAGACUUUGAUAAAAAGAAACAAUACUAAAAGGCCUCCAUUUUAAAUGUCAUUCAUAUAUACCUUGUGAAUGAGAGCUAUAUACUUUUACACACUUUUUUAGAGGAAUAAAUUAUUGAAUUACUGAAA